CGCACGUGCCUUUAGUUGGGACGGCGUCACCGACCUUCUUUCCUUCUCCGCGGUUAUCAAUUUGUCGAUCGACGACGGCGUGGUGUUCGACGGUUUGGUCGUUUUCGGUUUUACAUAUGAAUUUGGAAACUCUUGUCAGGCCUGUACCCGAUUUUUCCCUAUUUUAGGAGUAUCGAAUAGGGAAGAUGGAGCUGCAGGCGCACAUUUCGGGCCAGGUACCUAAUCAAGCAGGGUCUCAGUUGCCGGGACUGGCUCAGACAAAUGGAAAUGCUCUCCCUCCUCAGAUACCAAAUUUAGGUGGUAUUCCACGUUCAACCAUAAAUACGGACCCUGAAUUUCUCCGAGCACGUUUUCUCAUGCAGGAAAAGAUCAACGAUAUGCUAUUGCAGCGGCAGCCGCAUCCAGUUACUGAAAAUAAUAGAAGAAGGUGUAGGGAUUUUGCUAAACGCCUGGAAGAGGGCAUGUUAAGAUCUGCACGCUCCAAGGAGGAGCACUUGAACAUGGAAACAUUAGAGAGCCGUUUGAUGAACUGCAUCAAACGAUCAUCUGCGAGUAAUCAUAACCAACAAUAUCCCCAGACUGUCAGCUCCUCUCAGGUUGGUACAAUGAUACCAACACCUGGCAUGUCACAUGUUGUGAGUUCAAGCAUGGCCUCUACACCUUCCGUAGAGGUCCCAAUGAUUGCAUCCAGUGGAUAUAAUAGCAUGCCAUCUUCAUCUAUCAAUAGCGGAAACAUGUAUCUGCAUGGCAACUUGCAUGGGAAUUCCUUAAGGAGAGGUGAUGUUAUUUCAGGUUUUGCAAAUGGCUAUCAGCAGUCUUCUACUGGCUUUUCGGUUGGUUCUGGGGGGAACAUGUCAUCAAUGGGUGUGCAGAGAAAUGCAAAUCAGAUGAUUCCCUCUCCUGGAUUCACUAGCAGCAGUCACUCAUACACGAACGUAGAAUCUUCUAAUAAUAGCAAUGUCUUUUCCAAUGUUGAUUCAACUAUGGUAUCACAGUCACAGCAGAAGCCGCAUGUUGGUGGCCAAAACAAUAAUGUGAUGCAAAAUCUUGGUAACCAAAUGGGUAGUGGAAUGAGGUCUGGUUUACAACAAAAAUCUUUUGCAUACUCAAAUGGAGCUAUGACUAGUGGAUUAGGCUCAGUUGGAAAUAAUAUGCAAGCUGCAAAUGAAUCUGGAACUACUGACGGCUAUGCCACAGCUUAUGGUAACUCCCCUAAACAAUUGCAGCAGCACUUUGAUCAAAAUCAGCAACCACCAGUGCAGAGUGAUGGUUAUGGAUUGAAUAAUGUGGAUUCAUUUGCUUCUGGAAACUUUUAUUCAUCUGCAACAUCUUCUGGAUCUAUCAUGAGCAGCCAGAACAUGAAUUCUACAAAAUUGCCUGUGAUAUCCAAAACCAACUCUCUGAUUAAUAGUCAUUCGAGUUUGCAUGGCAUGCAGCAGGCCGCUCUUCUGAAGUCUCAAGCAGUUAAUCAGUUGGACAAGGUGAAUUUUCAGUCUUCUUCGACUUCAAGAGAUGGCCUUUUGCAUCAUCAACAGCAAUGUCAGCAGCGGCCUCAGCAAUUUCAACAACCAGAACAGUAUGUGCAGCAGCAAUUUCAACUUAAGAUGCAUAGUCAGCAGCCUCAGCAUUUGGUCAAUAAUGAUGCUUUUAGCCGGUCUCAGGCAACAUCCAACUUAGAAAGCAAGGUGAAGUCUGAGCCUGGAGUUGAGCAUCAUCAAGAAGUGCUUAAUUCACAGGUUUCUGGACAGUUUCAUAUUUCAGGGAUGCAAAAUCAGUUUCGGCAGAAAACUGCUGAAGAUUGCUCUAAGAAUGCUCAACAUCUUCCUUUGGCAUCUGGUCAGAAUGAUUUUUCCACGAGGGCACCUCAGAAUUCGCAAGAAAUGCUUCACUCCCAACAUUUGACUUCACAGUCUGGAAAAAAUUUUAGCUGGCCUUCAGCUGGGACACAGUCUAAUUCUGCAUAUGCAAAUCAAUGGAAUUCUCAGCCGCAUGAUGUCAACCACAUAACAGGGAAUACAUCACAAGAGCAGCUUGUCCAGUCUGAUUUCCAUCAACGGAUAUCAAGGCUAGAUGAAGCUCAAUGCAAUAAUUUGUCAUCAGAUCCAUCGAUUGUUGGGCAAGCUGUUGCUUCUAGAGGCUCAGCUGAGCCACAAGUCUUAGGUGUUGCUGUCAAAAAAGCACACAGGAACCAACAGAGGUGGCUUUUAUUUCUGCUUCAUGCUAGACGAUGUCCUGCUCCUGAAGGACAAUGCCAAGAGCGAUAUUGUUAUAGUGCUCAGAAGUUGUGUAGGCACAUAGAAGGAUGUGAGUUAACUCACUGUUCGUAUCCCCGCUGUCAUCAUACCAGGCUGUUGCUUCGUCAUUUCAAAAACUGCAAGGAUCCUUGUUGCCCUGUUUGUGUCUUUGUUCGCAAUUAUCGACAUAAACUUAAGUCUCAGAUUCAGCCAGGUAAUAAUUCAGGCAUGCCAGUUGCUGUUAAUGGAUACUGCCAAUCCUAUGACACUGAAGCUCCAUCACCUAGCUUGAUCCCAAAGCCAGUACCUGUGAUUGAAACUUCAGAAGACCUGCAGCCAUCUCAAAAACGCAUGAAGAUUGAGCAGAGUAUCCAUUCCUUGAGUUCUAAGAAUGACAACUCUGCUAUAUCAUUUUCUGCAAAGUGUCAUUCUGAUGUUUCCAAGGUUGCUCAGUGUCAAGAUUAUGCCCAUUGUGAGACUUCUAUGCCAAUUAAACCUGAGCUUACAGAGGUCAAGGAAGAAGUUCUGGUGCAUUUGGCAAAUGAGAAGCUUAGUGAAGUUAAUGUAAGUAACAUGGAAGGUGGAGGGCCUACUAAUGAACCUGUCACAUUUAAUGAUUCUGGGCCAGAAAAUAUUAAAACAGAGAAAGAAACUGGACAAGAUAAACCAGUAAGUGUGACCCAGCCAUCUGAAAAUGCAUCGAGUACCAAAUCAGGUAAACCCACAAUCAAGGGGGUCUCAUUGAUUGAACUAUUCACUCCAGAGCAAGUCAGGGAACAUAUCACUGGCCUUAGGCAAUGGGUUGGCCAAAGCAAAGCAAAAGCAGAGAAGAAUCAAGCAAUGGAACAUUUAAUGAGCGAGAAUUCCUGUCAGUUGUGUGCUGUAGAGAAGCUUACUUUUGAACCGCCUCCAAUUUAUUGCUCAACUUGUGGUGCUCGCAUUAAACGAAAUGCUAUGUAUUAUACUAUGGGUGCUGGUGACACACGGCAUUAUUUUUGUAUUCCAUGCUAUAAUGAGGCUCGUGGAGACAGCAUUGUUGUUGAUGGAAGUACCAUUCCCAAGGGGAGGCUGGAGAAGAAGAAAAAUGAUGAAGAAACUGAGGAAUGGUGGGUUCAAUGUGAUAAAUGCGAAGCUUGGCAACAUCAAAUUUGUGCUUUAUUUAAUGGUCGGAGAAACGAUGGGGGACAAGCUGAAUACACUUGCCCUAACUGCUAUAUUCAAGAAGUAGAAAGAGGAGAGCGCAAACCUUUACCUCAAAGUGCUGUCCUUGGGGCCAAGGAUCUGCCUAGAACGAUUCUGAGUGACCACAUAGAGCAACGGUUGUUUAGGAAACUAAAACAGGAGAGACAGGAGAGGGCAAGGCUUCAAGGAAAAAGUUAUGAUGAGGUGCCUGGGGCCGAGUCACUUGUUAUAAGAGUUGUGUCGUCUGUAGACAAGAAGUUAGAAGUGAAACAGCGUUUUCUGGAAAUUUUUCAGGAUGAAAAUUACCCAACAGAAUUCCCUUACAAAUCAAAGGUAAUUUUGUUGUUUCAGAAGAUUGAAGGUGUGGAAGUAUGCCUGUUUGGCAUGUAUGUGCAAGAAUUUGGAUCUGAAUGCCAAUUUCCUAAUCAGCGACGAGUGUAUCUUUCAUAUCUUGAUUCUGUGAAGUAUUUUCGUCCUGAGGUUAAAGCUGUGACUGGAGACGCCCUUCGGACAUUUGUUUACCAUGAAAUUCUAAUUGGAUACCUUGAUUAUUGCAAGAAACGUGGUUUUACAAGCUGUUAUAUUUGGGCGUGUCCUCCGCUGAAGGGUGAAGAUUAUAUAUUGUAUUGUCAUCCAGAAAUUCAGAAAACUCCAAAAUCUGAUAAGCUUCGGGAAUGGUACCUAGCAAUGCUAAGGAAAGCUGCCAAGGAUGAUAUUGUGGUCGAUCUCACAAACUUGUAUGACCAUUUCUUUGUAUCUACUGGUGAAUGUAGAGCAAAGGUUACUGCUGCAAGACUUCCAUAUUUUGAUGGGGACUACUGGCCAGGGGCCGCAGAGGAUCUGAUUUAUCAGCUCCGUCAAGAGGAAGAUGGCAGAAAACAGAAUAAGAAAGGAACUACGAAAAAAACUAUAACAAAAAGGGCUUUAAAGGCAUCUGGUCAGACAGAUCUUUCUGGAAAUGCCUCGAAGGAUCUACUCCUAAUGCAUAAACUUGGUGAAACCAUUAGCCCAAUGAAGGAAGAUUUUAUCAUGGUUCAUUUGCAACAUGCUUGCAGCCACUGUUGCAUUUUAAUGGUGUCUGGCAACCGUUGGGUUUGUAACCAGUGCAAGAAUUUUCAGAUUUGUGACAAGUGUUACGAAGCAGAACAAAAACGUGAAGAAAGAGAAAGGCAUCCUAUAAAUCAGAGGGAGAAACAUGCUCUUAACCGAAUUGAGAUUAUUGAUGUACUGGCUGACACAAAGGACAAAGAUGAGAUCCUUGAGAGUGAAUUUUUUGACACUAGACAGGCAUUUCUGAGUCUCUGUCAAGGAAACCAUUAUCAAUAUGAUACUCUCAGACGGGCCAAGCAUUCAUCAAUGAUGGUCCUAUAUCAUCUUCAUAAUCCAACUGCUCCUGCCUUUGUGACAACCUGUAACAUCUGCUAUCUUGACAUAGAGACUGGUCAAGGUUGGCGAUGUGAAGUUUGCCCGGAGUAUGAUGUAUGCAAUGCUUGUUAUCAAAAGGGAGGCAUUGAUCAUCCACACAAGUUGACAAAUCAUCCAUCACUGGCUGAUCGUGAUGCGCAAAACAAAGAAGCGAGACAGCUUCGAGUGUUGCAGCUACGGAAAAUGCUUGAUCUUCUUGUGCAUGCGUCACAAUGUCGUUCUCCACAUUGCCAGUAUCCCAAUUGUCGAAAAGUGAAGGGGCUCUUCCGUCAUGGAAUUCAAUGUAAAACACGUGCAUCUGGGGGCUGUGUUCUUUGCAAGAAGAUGUGGUAUUUGCUUCAACUUCAUGCUCGAGCUUGUAAAGAAUCUGAGUGUCACGUACCACGAUGCAGAGAUUUGAAAGAACAUUUAAGGAGGUUACAGCAGCAGUCUGAAUCUCGGCGAAGAGCAGCUGUAAAUGAGAUGAUGAGACAGAGAGCAGCAGAAGUUGCCAACAAUGCAGGAUGAACAAUUUUCUGAUGUAAAUAUGGAUGUUUUGUGGAAAUUAUCAUGACAGGUACCCUCGCCCCUCUUGGACCUAGCUAACAAACUGUGCCUCUGUGGGUGGUUUCUGUAUUGAAAGGGACAAAAGCAUAUGACAACGCAGCAGAUUCACCAGCUUGUGGCCUUUCCAUUAGUUGAUCGCUUCUUUACGACAUGAUUGUCCGGAAGUGGAUGUUUGAAUUCAGCUAAUUAGUGAGACCAUCGUCUACCAGGACUUACCACCUCUACAGGGGCUUUAGGGUGGUUCCCUUUUUAUGGGGACCGAUUUAGUGAUUCUUCGAUUUUGCCAGUUUUUUUUUUUUUUUUAUUUAAAAAUUUUAUUUUUGGGUAUUACUCUAGUGCCAUUCUUCAGCGGGGAGUGUAUUAUAGUCCUAAUUUGUCUAUAUUGUCUUCACAAAGGAAUGUGGGAAGGUAGAUAGCAAGUCAUUUUUCACCUGCUGAAGAUUGGUCCUCUCUUGUAUAGUUGUUUUUUGUUUCCCCCAAAAUGAAAGAUCAAUAAUCAUAAUCUUAGUAAA